AUGGCAAUUUCGGCUGUGUCGUCUUGCAUUGGGGUUGGAAUUUCGAAUGCAUUGUGUGGAGCCUUUGGAAGCACUUUCAAAUCGUCUCUCGCCACCCGGUUGAUGUACGCAUUCUUGUUUGUGGUCAACAGUAUUAUCUCUUGGAUUUCACUCAAUGACUGGAUUAUUGGCAAGCUGGACCUAUUAAAACAAGCUUGUAGUGGUGAUGAGUGUACGGGGUUUAUUGCUGUCCACCGAAUCCAGUCAUCGCUAGGUUUAUUGUUCCUUAUCAUGGCUGGUCUUCUUGCUGCAUUGCCGGCUGCUGUACCUCUUAAAGACCGCGUUACUCUACAGAAUGGGUACUGGAGAGGCAAAAUCUUGUUCUGGCUUCUAUGUCUUGUCACGAACUUCUUUAUUCCUGCUGGAUUCUGGGUCUUUUGGGGUAAUUAUGUUGCCCCACUGUUUUCCUUCUUUUUCAUCCUGAUUGGCCUGGUGUUGCUUGUGGACUGCGCCCACUCAUGGGCUGAAAUGUGUUUGAGUAAAAUCGAAGAUUCUGAGAACUCAAAUACUUGGAAGUACAUCCUUGUCGGCUCUACGGCUAGUAUGUACACUGGUGCCGUCAUUUUGACGGUCAUCAUGUACUGGUUCUUUGCUAGUACUGGGUGCUCCAUGAACCAAGCUGCAAUUACACUCAACGUGGUGUUUAUUAUUAUUGUUUCUGCCAUCUCUGUACAUCCCAGCGUCCAGGAGAACAACCCCCGGGCUGGCUUGGCUCAAUCAGCUAUGGUGGCAAUCUACUGCACGUAUUUGACAAUGUCCGCUGUUUCGUCUGAGCCUGACGACAAGAAUUGUAACCCAAUUGUUCGUUCUAGGGGUACUCGCACGUUUUCAAUCGUUAUCGGUGCGCUAUUCACAUUUUUGGCUAUCGCUUAUACUACAACUCGAGCUGCGUCAAAGUCUUCAGUCGAGGAUCCUGAGGCAAUUGAUAUCACAGAUUCUUCCAGAACCGAAACUAGACGGCGAGCUCUGCGUCAGGCUGUCGAUGAGGGCAGUCUUCCGGCUUCAGCUUUAGAGGACACUGCCUGGUUAGAUGAUUCAAUUGAGCAAGUCCAACAGCCACAGUACAACUACAUCCUGUUCCAUCUUAUCUUUUUGCUUGCCACCCAGUACACAGCCACUCUACUAACCAUGAACGUGGAGAAAGAUUUAUCGGAUAACUUUGUACCCGUUGGCCGAACCUACUUUGCGACGUGGACCAAAAUUUACAGCUCUUGGAUCUGCUUCGUACUGUAUGCAUGGUCCCUUCUUGCUCCGGUCUUUAUGCCAGAUAGAUUUUAA